GCGCGUGUUUGUGUCUGUGUGUCGGUGCUGCAGGAGGAAAUCCUGUGAAUGUCAUCGCGGGCCGGCGAGGGAGCGCGGCUGGAGACAAGGCUCCGCGGGCAGACACCCUGUGCGCAGCCGGCGGGGGCAGAGCCCACCACCGGCACGCCACAAAGGAACCGGCCCUGCCAAUGUCAUCGGCCAUCGAGAGGAAAAGCCUCGAUCCUUCCGAGGAGCCAGUGGAUGAAGUCCUCCAGAUCCCCCCUUCUCUGCUGACAUGUGGAGGGUGCCAGCAGAACAUUGGGGACCGGUAUUUCCUGAAGGCCAUCGAUCAGUACUGGCACGAGGACUGUCUGAGCUGCGACCUCUGUGGCUGCAGGCUCGGCGAGGUGGGGAGACGCCUCUACUACAAACUGGGUAGAAAGCUCUGCAGGAGGGACUAUCUCAGGCUCUUCGGCCAGGAUGGGCUCUGCGCCUCCUGCGACAAGCGAAUCCGGGCCUACGAGAUGACCAUGAGGGUGAAGGACAAGGUGUAUCACCUGGAAUGCUUCAAAUGCGCUGCCUGCCAGAAACACUUCUGUGUUGGGGACAGAUACCUCCUCAUCAACUCGGACAUAGUGUGUGAACAGGACAUCUACGAGUGGACUAAGAUCAAUGGGAUGAUCUAGCAAGGACGUGUCUCAGAGUCUGUCACAGACAUCUUGCGGGCGAUGCCGGUGCCCGGCUGCAGUGAGGAGAUCGACACUGGAGCUGUGGAAUUUAAAAGGGGGGGGAAACACCACGGAGUCGGCCCUUUGCAGGCAGUGCCACAUAGAAUGUAAACUACACAUAGGUGAAGGAGGGAGAGCAAAGCAAUAGUAGAUAGACUGACUUGUGGUGACCACAUGGACAGUAACUGACAUCAGCCACGGGGACAAACACAACUCCAUAACCAAUUCUCCCAGCUGGGAAAGAGUAGGGACUUCUGUAAAGAGAUGUUAUGAUGUCAUCACCUGCAGACUAGGAUUGUGCAAUUAAAUUUUCUUUUUGUCUUGUUUUAAUGAAUUAAGUUUAGACUACAGCUCCCAAAUUAGGUGUGAGGAGGAAUACUGGAAGGAAAGAACCAUCCCUGAUGUGGUCAUUCCACAUGGCCUUCCACUUUGGAUGGGAAAGAAAGCAGGAAGAGGGUGGGGGUUAUUUUUGCAUGGAUUUUUUGUUUUUCCUUUGGGAAUGAACAGUGCAUCCUCUAGUCCCAAACUCUUCUUUUAAAAAAUCCUGCUGAAUAGUUGUUUUCGGGCACUGCUGUUUUGAGAUGAGAUGUUCCCCAGAUCAUUUCUAUACAAAUAUAAAUCUAAAGAGUUGUUCAACUAUUUUAUUAACUUAGAUUAUAUCAAUAAAAUAUUCGUUGUGUGUAGUAAGACUCUGCAGCUUUAAUAAAAAUAAUAGAAGAAUUAA